CCCCCGCCCACAAAAUCAAGAAAGUGGAAAAGGAUAAAAAGUGUACACACACUCACACACACAUUGCCACACGCGCGCCCGGCGAAAUUCUGUUAUCUCCACUGUUUCAAUCUGUGAGAGAAAUAUGGCAAUAAAAAGAUACCGUGGAGACAGAAAAAACCGACGCUCGAUUUCCCUAUUAAUAAUAGCCGCCCUCUGCGGUUUCCUCUACCUCCUCGGAGUAUGGCAAAAGAGCGGCUCGGGUAAAGGAGACAGCAUCGCGCUCGAAGUAAUGAACAACGCCGAAAACUGCAACAUUCUCUCGCACCUGCAAAUCAAGAUCCAUCAAUCCAACGUCUUCUACAAUUUCCAACCCCAAUUUUUCGAGCCGUGCGAAGACAAAUACGUAGACUACACGCCAUGUCACGGUCAAAAAAUACGAGGAGUUGUUCAAUUUCCUAGAGAGAGAAACUGCCCGCGUGGCGAAUACAAGCUGCGCUGCCUUGUACCUCCGCCGAAAGGUUACGUCGAGCCUUUUCGGUGGCCGAAGAGCCGUAGCUUUGUGCCUUACGUCAACGCGCCCUAUCGGAGCUUGACAGCUGGCAAAACGGGGGAGAAUGAUGUUAGAAAAGAAGGGAGUGUUUUUAUAUUCCCGAGUGGCGGGGCCCAGUCGUCGUAUAUCGAAGAACUUGCUUCUGUGAUCCCCAUGGACAAUGGAACUGUUAGAACUGCACUCGAUAUCGGUUGUGGGGUGGCGAAUUGGGGAGCGUAUAUGUUUGAAAAGAAUGUUAUUACAAUGUCGUUUGCUCCGCGUAAUUCAAAUGAAGCACAUGUUAAAUUUGCUCUCGAGAGGGGCGUUCCCGCAAUUAUCGGUGUUCUUGGAACUAUAAAGCUGCCUUAUCCUUCGAGUGCAUUUGACAUAGCGCAUUGUUCUCAUUGUUCGAUACAAUGGGGUGAAAAUUAUGGAAUGUACAUGAUGGAAGUUGAUAGAGUGCUUAGGCCAGGUGGCUACUGGAUAAUAUCGGGUCCCACAAUAAACCGGAGGGGUAAUUAUCACACGUGGAGGCGCCCACGGGAUAAAAUUGAAAUGGAACAUGAAAAAAUCGAGGAAAUAGCGAAAAAUCUUUGCUGGGAGAAGAAAUACGAAAAGGGCAAUAUCUCUAUAUGGCGAAAACGAAUUAAUAACAAAAGCUGCACCAAACGAAAUAACCGUGCCAUUAUAUGCAACUCCUCCUAUACACGUAAUAUCUGGUACAAGAAAAUGGAAGCGUGUGUAACUCCGGACGAAGUUUCGGGAGGGGAGGUGAAGCCGUUUCCGGAGAGGCUUAAUGCGGUUCCUCCGAGGGUAUCGGGAGGGAAUAUUCCGGGGGUUUCUGCGGAUGCGUUCGAGGAAGAUUCUAGAAAGUGGCGGAAGAAUGUCAAUACGUAUAAGACUGUCAACAAGAUUGUUUCUUCCGGAAGGUACCGGAACAUUAUGGAUAUGAAUGCCGGCCUCGGAAGUUUUGCUGCAGCGCUCGAGUCCCCUAAUUUGUGGGUGAUGAAUGUUGUUCCGACUAUAGCCGAAAAGGAUACGCUCGGUGCUAUAUACGAACGAGGGUCGUAUGACCUGAUUCAUGCUAGUGGAAUUUUCAGCUUGUACAGCGGCAAAUGCAACGAACAAGACAUACUCCUAGAAAUGGAUCGGAUUUUAAGACCGGAAGGUGCGGUUAUAUUACGAGACCACGUCGAUGUUUUGAUCAGAGUAAAGCGAAUUGCAGUCGGCAUGAAAUGGAAUGUUAGAAUGAUGGACCACGAGGAUGGUCCCCUCGUCUCUCAAAAGAUACUAUUCGCCGUUAAAAAAUAUUGGGUUGCUGGGGUAGACAACGCCACGUCAUCGUCGUCAUCGCUGUAAUAAUAAUAAUUAAUCGACAUCGAACUAAUUUUUUUAUUUUUCUUUUUUGGACAGAAUAUAUUUGACUGGUAUGAGUAAUCUGCAUUUUUUUUGUAUAGAUUGUAUAAAACUGUAGAAUAGAGGGCUUUGUUUCAGUCUUGUUUAUUUGUUUAUCUCCCCUUUGUUUCACAUUUAGAAUUAUAUUUUUGACUUUAGUGGAGGAUUAUAGAUGUCCCUUUUUAUUGUUACAUUUCGCGAUUAAUUAAAGGAAUGUGAUAAAUGUUGUUUCAGUUUCAA